AUGGAGAGGGGACAGUUAGUUUGGUCUGCUAAUCGAGACCAUCCAGUGCAAGUCAAUGCAACCUUGCAACUAGGCCGAGAUGGCAACUUGGUCUUGGCAGACUCUGAUGUCACUCUUGUUUGGUCCACUAAUACUACUAGCAAAUCUGUUUCUGGCUUAAACUUGACAGAAACGGGGAAUCUCAUGCUCUUUGAUACGACCAACCACACAGUUUGGCAGUCUUUUGAUCAUCCUACAGAUUGUUUGCUCCCCGGGCAGAAUUUGGUUUCUGGUCAGAAGCUGACAGCAAGCGUUUCAGCAUACAAUUCGAGUCAAGAUUCUGAUCCACCUCAGUAUUACUACACUUCAGAUAAUCCCGAUAGUCGUUAUUGGAGUUUUGAUGGUCAUACCCUUACCGCUUUACAAUACCCUCCUACAUCGACAGCUCAAUUCAAAAAGCUUGGGCAUGAUGGACAUUUACGAGUAUACCAAUUGGGCGACCUUAAUUGGGAAAAGGUAUAUGACAUUUUGUCAGUCAACGACUGUAGGUACCCAAUGGUGUGUGGAAGAUACAGCAUUUGUGCAAAUGGAGGACAAUGUACUUGUCCAGAUGAAGUUAACUUCUUCAAGCCAUUUUAUGAGAGGAAUCCAGAUCUCGGAUGCACAGAGUUGACGCCCAUUUCUUGUGACUCUUCGCAGUAUCAUAGUCUUGUAGAGCUAAAGAAUACCGCAUAUUUUUCAUUUGAGUUCAGUCAUGAACUAAACUCAAGCAUAUUUUGGAUUGAGGGGAAAAAGAUUGAAGAUUGCCAAAGGGCAUGUCUGAGUAACUGUUCUUGCAAAGCUGCUGUUUAUGAUCCGUAUCCGUAUGGGAGUCUAGGAGGGAACUGUUUGUUACUGAAUGAAGUCUUCUCUGUCACGCCCUGA